AAUGUUAUUUCAGAUUCCCUAUUCGGUUCAGUGGCCUCGUUGAGAAAUUUGAUCUUUACUAGUGGCAAAUCAAUGAAAGCUCCCGCUAUGGACGUAUAUAUAAACUGCGGUGCAGUUAGCUACGAAAUCGAUCGUCUUGGAGCACAGAGCUUUAGAUUUUUUUUUUAUGGUGAUUAUUAUAUGCUGCCACAUGGUAGCACGCAACGUUGCCACGUUGGCGCAGCAGGUGAUAAUCCUCCUUUUUAGACAUAAGUCAUCUGUGUUUCUCCAGUCGACGACUGGCGUUCAUCACUAACAAUAAAUUUCGAGGUGAGACUAAAUAGAGAUCACUUCAAUCUAUAACUAAUAAUCUUGAUUUUAUCUAAUUACGAGACCAAUGUCAAUCUGCUCAUCUAAUUCCUCAUCCUCGUCAUCUGGGUCCAAGUCAUGGAUUGUGCAUAGUAUUGUGGCUGGAGCUGCUAUUGCUGUAGGUAUUGGUGCUAGAGCUUAUUUGUCUCGAUCUAGAAAGUUUCGAAGCCGGGUUAUAGGAAUCAUACCUGCUCGAUUCGCUUCCUCUCGCUUUCAAGGCAAACCUCUUGUCCAAAUUUUGGGGAAACCCAUGAUCCAGAGAACUUGGGAAAGGGCCAAACUGGCAACUACUUUGGAUCACAUAAUUGUGGCAACGGAUGAUGAAAAGAUUGCAGAAUGUUGUCGUGGAUUUGGGGCAGAUGUCAUAAUGACUUCAGAAUCUUGUAGAAAUGGUACAGAGCGGUGCAAUGAAGCAAUUGGAAAACUGGAAAAGAAAUAUGAUGUGGUUGUCAAUAUUCAGGGGGAUGAGCCUCUCAUUGAACCUGAGAUAAUAGAUGGAAUUGUUAAAGCGCUGCAGGAAGCCCCAGAUGCAGUCUUUAGCACUGCUGUGACAUCUUUAAAGCCUGAAGAUGCAUUUGAUCCCAACCGAGUGAAAUGUGUGGUGGAUAAUCAAGGUUAUGCAAUCUAUUUUUCAAGGGGACUCAUUCCUUAUAACAAAUCAGGGAAAAUCAAUCCACAAUUUCCAUAUUUGCUUCAUCUUGGAAUUCAGAGCUAUGAUGCAAAGUUUCUAAAGAUAUAUCCAGAGCUUCAGCCUACACCAUUGCAACUAGAAGAAGAUCUAGAACAGCUUAAAGUCCUUGAGAAUGGGUAUAAAAUGAAGGUAAUAAAGGUAGACCAUGAAGCACAUGGCGUUGACGCUCCGGAGGAUGUUGAAAAGAUUGAAAGAUUGAUGCGGGAACACAAUGUUUUAUAGUUUAAUACUGUCAUGAAAUUACAGGUUCUAUAAUGUUUCAUAUAUUACUACCGGAGAAAGGCUGCAAGUUCAGUUGUAUUAUGCUGUACCAUUACAUUUUUUUUUUUUUUUUAGAAAUUGUAUAGAAUUUCUUUACUUAAUAUAUUAUAUUGUUUUUUAAAAA